AAUAUUCAUCAUCAUUACUGGAAUUCAUAUCAUUUUUUUAUUUUUAUGAAGUUUGAACAUAAAUUCCGUAAAUUAAAUAUAAACUUCAUAUGAAUAAAUCGUACUGUAAUUGUACGCUUUUACGAGUUUUUAAUUUUUAAGUUGCAAAUGAUUACAUCAUAAGUGCAUUUGGUUCCAGAACAUUCCACGCGGUAGUAUGCAGUAGUAUGAUAUUUGAAUUCGAUCCGCAUAAAACGUUAUUCCCGUUUUAGAAAAGUCAUUCUAUACAGAUUUAAAUAGUUCACGGAUCAAAUAAUUUCAUGUAUUAGUUCUUCUUUGGCAAUGAAUUUACAAUAUAUUUGUGGAAUCUUUUUAGUUCUAAUGACAUGCCAUCUAACAAAGGGUUUGCCAGUGAGAACUAUUAUAAAGUUAAAGAGGAAUAAGGAAAUACUUUUUGAUUUUACAACUGCAGACAAUGUGGAUAAUUGGACGGAAGUAUCUGAUACUGUUAGAACAGUAGGAAAAUCAAAAGCUGUUUUAACAUUGCAAAAAACUCAGCUUUUUCAACAUGCCAUAUUUUUUACACUUUUGAAUCCACAACCAAAUGGUGCUGGCUUUGCAGGAGUGGAGACAGUAACUAAUUUAAAUUUAUCUAAUUUUGAGAAUAUCAAAAUUAGUUGCAGAGGACAAGGUGCAAAUAGUCAUUAUAAAGUUGUUCUUGAACAUAAAGGUCUUCACACAAAUGGAAAUAUAACAUAUGAACAAUUCUUUGUGGCUUCAAUGUCAGAUACUGAUUUUUCUACUGUGAUAUUGCCCUUGGCAAGUUUUAAACCAUAUUAUCGUGGAAGAGAAGUACCUAAUGCAGAACCAUUAGAUACUGCAAAUAUAACAAUGAUUGGUUUACAAAUAUAUGGUGGAGUUUAUUUACCAAUUAAACAAAAAGGAGUAUCAGCAUUAGAAGUACAAACCAUUUCUGUGUCAUAAUUUAUAUAUUAAUUUUCUGUUCGGCCUAAUUUUCGAUGAAACGUUGACUGUUUUAUCGACACGGAAUUCAAAGUUCGGCCUUCAUACUAGCAUCACCUUAACCUAAACAUGAAGUAAACAAAGAAGUCCAAAGAAGUCUUUGACAGUUAUGGCAAG